AUGGAUAUUGAUGAUACCGCUUCUUAUGUCCAGGGUGACACAGUUGGAAUCGGCAGUUGCUUCAACGAAGAUGGUUCCAUCAAUGUUGACAAGUACCGCCUCUAUGCAGAGCAAGAAGAUGCUUUGCUUGACCUAGAAGAGUCCGAGCUACAGACAUUGUACCAAGAAGAAGAGGAAGCAGAGGGCAAUAUUACAAUGUCCUUGGAUGACGAAACAAGAACAACAACAACAACAGCAACAGGAAGACGCAAACGUCGCUGUAAAUCAAUCAAGCCCUACUACUUCGACGAUGAAGGAAACAAGAUUGUUCUGCAACCGAAGCAGACCAUUUGGUACAUUAUGUACGUGGUUUCCCCAACUCUGGAUUGCCAGAAAUUCAACCACAAAUUUCGAAGACGCUUCCGUAUGCCAUACCAGCAGUUUCUGCGCAUGGUUGAUUGGUCAGAAGAUGCACAGGUGUUCCAACGUUGGCGAUCCAAGGAUGCAGUGGGAAAUUCGUCGUCUCCACUGGAACUGAUGAUACUUGGCGCCCUUCGAUAUUUGGGAAGAGGACUGACGUUCGAUGACUUGGAAGAGUACACAGCAAUCAAUGAAGAGACCCAUCGCCAAUUCUUUCAUGUCUUUAUUACGUGGGGCCAAGACUGGCUCUUCCCCAAAUUUGUCCGAAUGCCUACCACUGCUGCAGAGUACAAGGCCCACCAGGGCGAAUUCAACGUUGCCGGUUUGCCUGGAGCAGGCUUUUCAACAGAUGCAACAAACGUGAUCAUGUGGAGAUGUUCCCACAAUCUUCGGCAGUCAAACAUGGGAUUCAAACAGAGUACCCCGGCACGUACAUACAACUUGACAGCAAACCACAGGCACAGGAUUCUUUACACAACAAGAGGGCAUCCAUCCAGAUGGAAUGACAAGACACUGGCUCAUUUCGAUGAAUUCAUGACAGGCCUACAUGACGGCACAAUUUUACAAGACGUUACCUUCCAUCUUUUUUCGUGGGAAGGUGAAGUGGGCAAGUCAUCUCUCGAGGCUACCAAAUACUCUGGAGCAUGGGGCUUAGUUGACAAUGGCUACCACAAAUGGGCUUGUACGCAAGCACCAGCGAAAUUCAAUCUGCUGCGAUCUGAAGAACGCUUGAGUCAGUGGAUCGAAUCGAUGCGAAAAGAUGUUGAGUGCACUUUUGGAAUACUGAAAGGGCGAUGGAGAAUUCUGAAGACAGGGAUCAGACUGGAUGGUCCAGAGGCAGCAGACAAGACAUGGUUGACUUGCUGCGCCCUCCACAAUAUGCUGCUUGAAUGUGAUGGGUUGGAUGAGUGGAAUGGCUCUGUGGGAGAGAACGAUGUCGUGGAAAUGAGGCGCCAUGCACCUUUUGCCAUUCAAAGACUCGCAGACGAUCAGUUGAUGAGCUUUGGCAGCAGAGAUCACGAGCAACAGUGUGUUAUGGAAGAACAACAACGCAGGGCAGUUAAUCGCCAAAGAGGGCAACUUCAAGAAGAGGAAGACGGUGUUGGGGAAAUUGCACAGGAGAGCGACGAUCACCUAAGUGGUAGAGCACAACAGUUGGCUAUUGAUGGGAGCGUCAGAGUCAAUUCCCUCACAUACGAUGACUUCCGAAACCGGCUAGUGGAACACUUCGACAUUCAGUUCCGAAGACAUAGAGUGCGUUGGCCAGAACGGCAGCGACAACAACAACAACAACAAUCCACCAAUUAA